UCUGUCUGCCCCGUGUGGUGCCAUGUCUUAAAUCCAAUGCCACGUCCUUCAGCAGAGCUCGCUCUGGAAGGGACCAUUCACUGUCCGAGUCCAUAGACGCGGCAAAGUGGGGGCGCAGUUUAUUCUUCCAAAAUCCGCCUGUACCAGCGGUGUCAGCCGGAGCUGAGUGCAUUUCAAGGCUGCGAGACUGUCUACGCCUGGCUUCUCGUAAACUUUGGGUCUUUUGCCUCCCGUUUCAGCGCUGUAGACACAGUGAUCGUAUCCUUAAUUUUACUGUGAAGCAAAGCAUCGGUUUCUUGUUACAAACCGUGUUUGAAGGAGACCGGAGCCAAAACACACCGGUCCAAGGGGAGGCUGUGAGAGUCCAUUGCGAUCUACCCGGGGACUGAUACGGAGUAAUUUGUCUGUUGAUGUGGAUAGCGCGGAGAAACUGGAAUUACUCUAACUUUGCACCACACUGCCUCACAGCAUUUUCUGGCACUUCCCGAACUGACAACCCGUUUUGCUGAAGAAACUGUCAUUUGGAGACUACUUGGAGCUGUCUGCAGAUGCCCAGAGGCUGGCGGUGGGGUGCGUGGAGCAGUGAGCAGUGCCUGCCGCCUCCCCAUGGCUCUCCCCGCGGCAGGACCCCCCACGGCAGCCUUCAUGCCCACCCCUGUGCCCACCCCUGUCUGGACCCCUAGCCCACCACCCCCAUCCUCCACCCCCCUCCUCCCCCCGUCCAGCACCAACACCCUGGUGCCCGCCCUGGUGCCCCCCCUGACUGCCCGCUCCCUGCCCCUCCUGCUGAGCCUCCAGCUGCUGCUGCUGCUGCUCCCCAUGCCCACUGUAGGGGGCGCCGCCACCACGGCCGCCAGGAUCCCCAGGGUGCACCACAACACCUACGGGGUGCCGGAGUCCCCCUGCCUCAGGGCCGAGCACCCGCUCAUCUCGCACACAGACAUAGAGCCAUGGAUCCACCGCUUCUCAUCCAGGGGCACAGUGGAUUACUCGCAGCUGACCUUUGACCCCGGCCAGAACGAACUGAUUGUGGGAGCGAGGAAUCAUCUCUUCAGGCUGCGUCUGGAGGAUCUCGCAUUGAUCCAGGAGGCUGAGUGGCACUGUGAUGAGUUCACCAAGGGAGCCUGCUUCAGCCGUGGCAAGUCGGAGGAGGAAUGCCAGAACUACAUCCGCGUGCUCCUGGUUAAUGGAGAUCGCCUCUUCACCUGCGGCACCAACGCCUUCACCCCCAUCUGCACCAAUCGGACGCUGACCAACCUGACAGAGAUCCAUGACCAGAUCAGUGGCAUGGCGCGCUGCCCCUACAACCCGCUGCACAACUCCACGGCCCUCAUCACCUCCAGCGGGGAGCUGUACGCCGCCACCGCCAUGGACUUCUCCGGCCGCGACCCCGCCAUCUACCGCAGCCUGGGGGGGCUGCCCCCGCUGCGCACCGCACAGUACAACUCCAAGUGGCUCAACGAACCCAACUUCGUGUCGUCGUAUGACAUCGGUAACUUCACCUACUUCUUCUUCCGGGAGAACGCUGUGGAGCACGACUGCGGCCGGACGGUGUUCUCGCGCGUGGCCCGCGUCUGCAAGAACGAUAUUGGUGGCCGCUUCUUAUUGGAGGACACGUGGACCACCUUUAUGAAGGCACGGCUCAACUGCUCGCGGCCCGGCGAGAUCCCCUUCACCUACAACGAGCUGCAAGGAACCUUCUUCCUGCCCGAGCUAGAACUGCUAUACGGCAUCUUCACUACUAACGUGAAUAGCAUUGCGGCAUCAGCAGUGUGUGCGUUCAACCUGACGGCCGUCACCCAGGUCUUCAGCGGGCCCUUCAAGUACCAGGAGAACUCCCGCUCGGCCUGGCUGCCGUACCCCAACCCCAACCCAGACUUCCAGUGUGGCACCAUAGACUACGGCUCCUACGUGAACUUGACGGAGCGUAACCUGCAGGACGCCCAGAAGUUCAUCCUGAUGCACGAGGUGGUGCAGCCCACGCUGCCCGUGCCCUACUUCAUGGAGGACAACGUGCGCUUCUCACACGUGGCUGUGGACGUGGUGCAGGGCAAAGACAUGCUCUUCCACAUCAUCUACCUUGCCACAGACUAUGGCACCAUCAAGAAGGUGUUGUCUCCUAUGAACCAGUCGAUGGGCAGCUGCCUGCUGGAUGAGAUCGAGCUGUUCCCCGAGCGCCGCAGGCAGCCCAUCCACAGCCUGCUCAUCCUGCACAGCCGCAGCGAGCUCUUCGUGGGGGUCCGCGACCAGGUCAUCAAGAUCCCACUCAUGCGCUGCACCUUCCACAAGACACGAGAGGCCUGUGUUGGAGCGAGGGACCCCUACUGUGGCUGGGACAUGGUCCUGAAGAAGUGCACCACACUGGAGGAGAGCCUCAGCAUGAGCCAAUGGGAGCAGAGCAUCACAGCAUGCCCCGUGCGGAACGUGACGGUGGAUGGUGGCUUUGGGCCGUGGACGGGAUGGAAGGCUUGCAGCCAUAGCGACGGUGGCAGCGUGGGGGCGUGUGUGUGCCGGACGCGGGCCUGUGACCACCCCAGCCCCCAGUGUGGCGGACGAGACUGCGAGGGGCUGAGCGUGGAGGUGGCUAACUGCUCCAGGAACGGUGGCUGGACUCCGUGGACGGGCUGGGCCCCCUGCAGCACCAGCUGUGGCAUCGGCUUCCAGGUCCGCCAGAGGGCAUGCAGCAACCCCGCGCCACGCCACGGAGGGAGAGUUUGUGUCGGACAGAACCGCGAGGAGAGGUACUGUAAUGAGCAUCUGCCGUGCCCGCCUCACGUCUACUGGUCGGCCUGGUCGCCGUGGGAACGCUGCUCGGUGCCCUGUGGAGGUGGCAUCCAAUCACGGCGGAGGACCUGUGAGAACGGCAACGAGUGCCCAGGCUGCAGCCAAGAGUACCAGUCCUGCAACACCAUGCCCUGUCCUGACCUGAAGAAGACCACUCCUUGGACGCCCUGGACGCCGGUCAACAUCUCGGACAAUGGCGGCCACUACGAGCAGCGCUUCCGCUACACGUGCAAGGCGCGGGUGCCCGACGCCAACCUGCUGGAGGUGGGGAGGCAGCGGAUCGAGAUGCGCUACUGCUCUAGUGAUGGAUCCACCGGGUGCUCUACUGAUGCUGACCUGCUGCGCUCCGGACGCAUCACGGGUCUGACGGUGAACGGCGGUUGGUCCCAGUGGGGCUCCUGGUCGCAGUGCAGCCGGGACUGCAGCCAGGGCAUCCGCAACCGCAAGCGCACCUGCACCAACCCCAAGCCCAAGUACGGAGGCCUCACCUGCCAGGGCCCCGCCCAGGAGUACCAGGAGUGCAACAUGACGCCAUGCCCAGUGGACGGCGGCUGGUCCUGCUGGUCAUCUUGGUCCAAGUGCUCGGUGACGUGCGGCGGGGGCCACUACAUGCGAACGCGCACCUGCAGCAACCCCCCGCCCGCCUACGGAGGGGACAUCUGCCUGGGCCUGCAUACCGAGGAGGCCCUGUGCAACACGCAGCACUGUCCAGAGAGCUGGUCUGAUUGGUCAGAGUGGACCCGCUGUGACGCGCAGGGAGCCCAGAGCCGCGUGCGCCACUGCGACGUCAUCUUCCCCACGGGCAAUCAGUGCUCUGGCAACAACAGCGAGACACGCCCCUGUUUACCUGACUCCAACUUCAUCCCAGAGGUAUCCAUCGCUCGCUCCAGUCAGGACGACCGGCGAUGUGGAGACUUCAAUGUGUUCCACAUGAUCGCGGUGGGUCUGAGCAGCUCCAUCCUCGGUUGCCUGGUGACCCUGCUCGUCUACACCUACUGCCAGAGGUACCAGCAGCAGUCACACGACGCCACGGUGAUCCACCCCAUCUCGGCGGCGCCACUCAACACCAGCAUCACCAACCACAUCAACAAGCUGGACAAGUACGACUCGGUGGAAGCCAUUAAGGCGUUCAACAAGAACAACCUGAUACUUGAGGAAAGAAACAAGUACUUCAACCCUCAGCUCGCCGGAAAAACAUACACUAACGCAUACUUCACGGACGUCAAUACCUACGAUGACUAUUAAACGAGUGUGUGCUCAAGUGCUGUUUGGAUGGAUUCCCAAGGAUCUUCUUCAUCACCAUCUUCAUUAUCAUCACCUCAUGCUUACUGUAGUAGAUAUGUCCUCCUGUUUAUUUGCUUUUGUUGUGAUCUGCUAUGAGAUGUGAGAUGAAACUUUGUUGUGUUGGGACCAUGUUAACUGGCCGCUGGCUGCGGUUCUUGUAUUCGAUACUGUGAGACUCGCUUCCCUGUCAACGAGGAAGGAAUUACGUCAGUUGCUGUUUUUUUGCCAGGUGUCUGCUCCAGAAGCCUACUGAGGAGACUCUUGUGUUUUCCCUCUCACAUACCUGCAGGACUGAGAGAUGAUCCUGGAACAAGUGUUUUUUUUCUUUUCUUUGGAAAGCAAAAAUUAAAAAAGAACUUGAAGAGGGAGUAAUCACUGUUUGAUCCCCUGUGGAAUAUACAGAGCCUAACAACGUAAAGAAAUGACAUGAAAGUCGAACUUCAUUUUUUUUUUUUUUAAUGUUUAUUUUUAUGUUUUGUUUUAGCGGAUAAUGCCACAGGAGUGCUUUGCAUGUCUUCAAUCUUCAUCGGGUGUGUCCUCGGUUGCUUCAUCGUUUUUUGCAUGGUUGACCGCAUUCCAGUGUCUCUGGCCCGUCGCCCGGGAGAUAGCGUGGCCUGUUCGCGCUCAGCUGAGUCAGCAAGCCCCCCCGUGCCUCGCUGAGGACCCCAACGUGGUGCCCAGUGCUUUUGCCCGCCCAGAAAGUAGAAGAGUUUGGCAGAGCCAGACCAACGUCAGACAAUCACGGUGUAGAUAACAGAAGAAGUAAGCAGAGCGUAUAGGGGAACUGGCCAUUCCUGCUCCACAGCCCACAGAGGCUCGUGUUCAGUGAAAUUUGAUAGUGGAAAUGUCAAUGUAUUUUUUGUUGUAUAGUGAACUCACUUCAAAUUGUACGUCUGUUGUUGUAGCUUUUCUCAAUUCUAACCAUUAAAACCAACUAAAGCUUAGUUUUUUGACCAUCAUAACUAAACUCACCCAUCCAAGCCUCUCACUUUUGGAACUGUGCAGAGUGUGAGCUGAAUGUGUGAAACUGUAUAUGGAUAUUUUUCCCUAACAUUUUGAGUAUUACUACAAGCACAUGGCAAUGCUACAUAGCUUGUUGACAGCAUAGUAAUUGUACUACACUUGAAAAGGUGCUCCUUAACACAAGCUAAUUGAUAACUAUUAUGCCAACUGUUUUUAAUUCUUUACUUUGAGGAAAAGAAAAACUAUAAAAAUGUGUUUUUUUCUGUAACUAAAUAUUAAAUGCUACGUGAUAUUUUGUUUCAAUUUCUACUAAUUCUGCCUUUUUUUCGUUAAGUUUUUACCUGUAAAAUUUGUUCUGCUUGUUUUCAAUGUGCAUAAAUUAAACUCGCUUCAUAUA